AUCACAUAACUAAAGUUGUUACAGAAAACUGCAAUUUCCUUGAAGAAUUUAAAACCCCAAAUUGUGCGGAGUGUAUAGAGCAAGGAGAACUAAUGAAAAUGAAAGGAAAUGAAGAGUUUUCCAAAGAAAGAUUUGAUAUAGCUAUUAUCUAUUACACCAGAGCCAUUGAAUAUAGACCUGAAAACCACCUUCUUUAUGGUAAUCGAGCUCUUUGUUUUCUUCGUACUGGACAGUUCAGAAAUGCACUUGGUGAUGGAAAGAGAGCCACUAUUUUGAAGAACACUUGGCCAAAGGGUCAUUAUCGUUAUUGUGAUGCUCUUUCUAUGCUGGGGGAAUAUGACUGGGCCCUGCAAGCAAACAUAAAAGCUCAAAAACUCUGUAAAAAUGACCCUGAGGGAAUCAAGGAUCUAAUUCAGCAGCAUGUAAAGUUACAAAAACAAAUAGAAGACCUACAAGGGCGAACACCAAAUAAGAAUCCAAUUAAAGCCUUUUAUGAAAGCAGGGCCUACAUACCUAGGAGUUUAUCAGCACCUACGUUUAUCACUUCACUUAACUUUGUGGAGACAGAAAGAGAUUUUAGAAAAACUAACCACGAAAUGGCAAACGGUGGUAAUCAGAAUAUAAAGGUGGUAGAUGAGGCUUUGAAGGUAGAUGAUUGUGACUGUCAUCCUGAAUUUGUACCACCAUCAAGUCAGCCUCCAAAACAUAAAGGAAAACAAAAAUCUCGAAACAAUGAAUCAGAGAAGUUCAGUUCUAGUUCUCAAUUGACUUUACCAGUAGAUUUGAAAAACAUCUUGGAGAAACAGUUUUCUAAAUCUUCCAGAGCUGCACACCAGGAUUUUGCUAAUAUAAUGAAAAUGCUGAGAAGCUUAAUUCAAGAUGGUUACACAGCCUUGUUGGAGCAGCGUUGCCGCAGUGCAGCACAGGCCUUUACAGAGUUGCUGAAUGGUUUAGAUCCUCAAAAAAUAAAGCAAUUGAACUUGGCCAUGAUUAACUAUGUCUUAGUAGUCUACGGACUUGCCAUUUCUCUUCUUGGAAUAGGACAGCCUGAGGAAUUAUCUGAAGCUGAAAACCAGUUUAAGAGGAUUAUUGAACACUACCCCAAUGAGGGACUUGAUUGCUUGGCCUACUGUGGAAUUGGAAAAGUAUAUUUGAAAAAAAACAGGUUAGUAGAAACAACACUACUUUAA